AUGAUGAGCCAACGCAUCAAUCAGCCAGCAUCUCCGGGAUCUUUUGCUAUUCCGAUGGCACUUACUCAUGGAACAGAAAUAACCUUUAAUGGAACAGUUCAUAGCAGCAAGAAAGAUUUCACUAUUAAUCUUCUUGCUGGAAGCAACACUGCUCUUCAAGUUGACUUCAGAUGGAAGAACGACAAAAUUGUUGUCUUGAACGCAAAAAUCGAUAAUGUUUGGGGAAAUGAGCUUCGUCAUGACAAUCCACUUCACCAUGGACAAACCUUUGAGUUGAAUGUUCGUGUAUAUCCAACCUAUUAUCAUGUUACUGUGAAUGGAGUUUUGCUUGGAGAUUUUCCUCAUCGUGUUGCUUACCAGAGCGUUAACGCUAUAUUCCUUGAUGGACACGUGAACAUGCAUUUCGUGAACUUCACUCGUUUCUAA